AGGAAAUCACACUCGCUUAUAAGGAAAUGGGUUUAAAAGGCAAGUUGAUCUCUCAAAUAGAAAUGAAGUGUUCUGGACAUUUGCUUUAUGAGCACUUCAAAUCAAAUCCACACAAAACAUCCUCCAUGUCUCCUGAUAAGAUAACAAACUUCACAAUUCAUGAAGGUCAAUUGGGAAAAACUAACUCUGUUGUUAGCUGGACUAUUAUUUUUGGAGGAAAAGAGAGGCAUGCCAAACUAGUCCUAUACAUAGACGAUGAGGAAAAAACAAUCACUUUCAAUUUUAUUGAAGGAUUUAUGAAUGAAAUAUAUAAGUCAAUGACACUUACAUUGACUGCAGAGGAAAACUUGAUCACUUGGACUCUUGUGUAUGAGAAAUUGAAUGAAAAUACUCCAGAACCCCUGGAUUAUAUGGAGUUCCUUAUUGGUCUCAUCAAGGACCUUGAGACUCACCAUGUUGGGAAAUAGAUAUCAUUUCCCAUUUCUAAUAACAUGAUGAAGUAUUAUGACUAUCCUAAAUCUUUGUUAAUAAAUAAAACUACUUGGUGUGAUAUAUGCUUCAGCAGCUUGAUGAAGUAUUAGUUCUAUUGUAAAUCUCUUUAUGAAUCAAUAAAAGUGUUUGGUGUGA